GCUGCUCAGAAUUGCGGUCAGACGCCUAAGACCUCAGCUGCUCUUUCUCAGACAUCCUAUCAGCGUCAGAAGGUCAUUCAGAGUAACUACUGCCCCGCGAUAUCAUACCAAAAUGGACCAAAGCGAAGAGGCACAGACGGAGAAACGAGAGAAGAAGCAUCGCGCUCACGGUGGAUCGGCCAAGCUCAGAGGACACCCCAGAGAUUCCCCAGAAACACGCAUGUCUAAGACUCUGUCCUGGAUGUUACGACACGGUGCCAAGUCGGAGGGACUAGUGAUGCGGUCAGAUGGCUAUGUACGUGUUGAUGACCUGCUGAAGCGCCCUAAAAUGAAAGAUUUGAACUUCGAGAUGUUACAAGAGAUCGUGAAGAAUGACAAUAAGAACAGAUAUAAUCUGCUUUCUGAACCGGACCGGAGCUCGGAUUCCCCAGAAGGAAUCUGGUGGAUUAGGGCCAACCAGGGCCAUUCUAUCAAAUCGGUAGCUCUGGAUCUGCAACCGAUAAACUCCCCAGCGGACAUCUCUACUGGAAUCGCCGUGCAUGGCACAUCAACGAAGGCAUGGGAGUAUAUUCGUUCACAGGGUCUAUCGAAGAUGAAUCGAAACCACAUCCAUCUCGCCCAAGGCGUCCCUGGAUCAGGAGUGAUCAGCGGAAUGCGCGCUUCGUCUCAGCUCCUGAUCUACGUCGACGUGCAAAAAGCGCUCGAUGCCGGCAUCAAGUUUUAUCUUUCUGCUAACGGCGUCGUGCUCACCGAGGGCGAUGAGAACGGCUUCCUGAGCCCUGAGUUCUUCGCCCGCGUCGAGACGUCAAAAGGCAAGCCGCUGCCUGGUUGGGAGGAUACACAGCCUGUGCGACGCCUGGAUGGCACGGACGUUGCAGUGGACAAGAAUACUUUGGCCAUUGCAAAGGAAAGUACGAAAACACCAGGAACAAUGACAGCAUCGGCUGCGGAAGAGGCUAUUGAGGGAGUAGAGAAGAAGACAGUGUAAAGUAUAACUUAGUGAAUCAUUAUUGGCAUGAUGCAGAGUGGAAGGCCAAAGUCACAGCAAGAUAUGCAUAACUUAGGAGAGCCAUCAGUGCCGAGCAGUCGCCCAUCGUGCACAUCCAGCGAUAUGUAUGAAAGAACGUGCAGCGCUUUACCGCGUCUCUUGUGACGACGCUGGACUCGAGCUUUCCAAAAGCCAUCUGAAAGACUC